CUGGACAGGUCUCUCAUGGAGCGAGACCACUUCGCUCCUGAGACGUCCCGAGUGCUCCCGCCGUACAGUCAGCUCCCGAGGUGGAUAGGAAGUUCACCGACCACUGGCGCCGCGCUCGGUGCUGGUGACGCUGUGUCUCCACAUAGCGUCGAACCGGUUCCACUUCCAGGCUGGAACCUAGCCUGGCGGAGGAGAACUCCACCACAAAUCGAAGAAGACCAACUCCAAGAGGAGAAAAGGCUAAAGGCCGGAUCGGACUCAUUAUCCAAAUCGGCCUCGCCUACCACCCCAGUUCCAACACCAUCGCCAACUUCUAAAACAAGAGGGAUACCACCCGUGAGAACACGCAAUACCCCACCCGAGUCACCAUCACCAUCACCAACCACAUCUCCGGCCGGUAUGAUAGACGUAACUUUUGAAGAGCAAGACCCAGAAGGGAAGAGGGAAUGGGACAACACGUCCUACGCCACCCUCCCCCCUAUACAUCAGGAGGCUGAAAUUAAUAUAGAGGCUACACCAGGACCAUCCUCGGCGCCACAUACCUAUGCAAGCGCUGCAGCAGCAACGCGAACGGCACCACCAUCCCCUCACCCACCUGCGCAAAUGCCAGAACAACCCACUGAUAGGCAAACGGCCAAAUACCCCCCCAUAAUCACGGUGCCCAGUGCUGCAGCGGAUUGCACGGAAGAGGGGUAUAAAUAUACAACCUCCCAUGCCCCCGCAGACAGCACAGGCACCACAGAGGCAACCACCACCACCACUACCACCGCCACCACCACCACCACCACCACCACCACCACCCAAACCACAACAGCAACCCCAAUGGCAGCAACCACAACAGCUGCAACAACCACCCCUGGCGCCGCAGCAACCACAACGGCAGGUCACACUACCUGCUCCGGUGCCAACCACGUUCGCAUCAACUGA